GCCAAACGCUUAUAAAUGAGUGCUGCAGUCUCAAGUCAUCUAAGGUCCUCUAUGCACUUUCCUGAGUCCUGCUCUAAUUAUUCUGUGCUCAAGCCUCAAGUUCCAUUCCAUACUGACGAAAUGAAUCCAAAAUUUCAUCCUCUAUUGUUCAUUCUUCUCACAACUCUGCUUUGCAACGUCCUCUCAGCAUCCUCAGAAGCCUCCCUCCCACCUCAAGCAACCAGGGAAAGGCCAGCGGACAACGAAACAAUCUACAAAAUCUCCAAGAAACUGUGCUGGAACUGCCUAGCAGAAUCCAUAGAGUUCCUGUUUUCUCACAACUUAGUCAGAGCUGCAAAGUGGGAGCUGCCUCUCAUAUGGGAUUCUCAGCUACAACAAUAUGCAAAUUCGUGGGCGGGACAAAGGCAAGCGGAUUGUGCGCUAAAGCAUUCAUUCCCAGAAGGCGAUUUCAAGUUAGGAGAGAAUAUAUUCUGGGGAAGCGGCUCAACAUGGACUCCAACUGAUGCAGUCAAAGCUUGGGCUGAUGAAGAGCAGUAUUACAAUUACCAGGCUAAUUCUUGUGCCGACGGACAGAUGUGUGGGCAUUAUACUCAGAUUGUGUGGAAAAACACAAGGAGAAUUGGAUGUGCUCGAGCUAUUUGUGAAAGUGGGGAUGUGUUUAUGACUUGCAACUAUUAUCCACCUGGGAAUUAUAUUGGUGAGCGGCCAUAUUAAGUGACAUUUCUUUGAAUGUUGCUCGGUCUAAACUAAGCAAUUAAGAGCUGAAUUAGUUCAUCUCGAAAAAUUUACCAUCCCGAAUUCUGAUACACCAACAAGCCCGCCUUUCUUUUUCAAAAGCAAAUUAGGAAAACUGGGAGUUGUGCUUAAAUACUCAUUAUCGUUGAUUAGGCACCCUGUAUAACAGGAUCCACAAAUAUUUAUGUAUGUUUACUAUAUCUUUUAAAGACAAAUUAUAAAUGCAACAUAGAAAAACUGAACCUUUGCUCAGAUAGUUCGUCAAGAAAAAAAAAGAAAAAAUAAUUAAGUGUGGCUGGUAAGGAUUUAUCUUAAAAGAAUUAACAAAAUAGUUAAUUAAGAUUUUGUUGAGGCAGGAAGGAUGCUAGCAAUUUCUCUGGAAGUUAGAGCAGCCUAUCGUCCAUUAUUCAGGUCAAUAUUGUCAAGUGCUGAUGCACCUGUCUUCAGCUGGUGUAUCAUAAAUGUGGUGAGUUAGUUGGGAAUAGUUGUAUGUAAUACCCGCAGUCAAGAUCAGAUAGUGUCUGGCAACUAAGAUCAGAUAGUUGUAUGUCUGGCAAGUGGCAACUAAGAUCAGAAAAAAUUUUCCUACAAUUGGAUCACAAAGAUUUAUUUCCAAAAAUUUAUCUUUUUUUUUCAACCAAUUGAUUGUAAUUUGUUGGAAUUCCGAGUAUGUCUUUUAGAUUGCAACAAAAUCUUGAGGGGUUUAUCCCUGUGAGCAUGACAGAAAGUUUCUGAGAAUGAAUCUUGGAGGACAACAUUCUUGCCUUGGAACAACUGAAAGGGGAAAAGUUUCUCUAGUCUCGGACACGCAUGCUCUCUCUCCAUUUCUUGAAAUGCAACUUCCGAUUGACUUUGAAUAUUUGAUCUAAAAUUUGGAAGUCUGUACAUGCCACCAUUUCAGUCAGCUAACAAGUGAAACUGAUGCUUGGAACUUGUUGGAUUCUGACUCCUACGUGUUCUUCUGGUAAAAAAUUCAUUGGAAGCCUAUCCUUGUUCCUCA